UUCCGCCAACACGAGACGUAUAUAUAGAUAAGAGGGAGGGAGAGAGAAAGAGAGAGACAGAGAGAGAGAGAGAGAGAGUGUGUGUGUGCGUGUGUUCGCCGCCGCCGUCGCCGUCUCCCAAUUCAGUCAUCGAAGCGGAAAGGACUGAAGCAGAAACCCUAACUGGGAAGCGGCGAUGGCCUCCAAUUCAAUCCAGCUCCAGCAAGCUCAACUCGCGGCGAUUCUCGGCCCCGAUCCGGCGCCGUUCGAAGCCCUAAUUUCCAACCUGAUGUCGUCGUCGAACGAGCAGCGGUCCCAGGCCGAGUUCGUAUUCAAUCUCUGCAAGGAGAAUGAUCCUGACUCGCUCGCGCUCAAGCUUGCCCAUCUGCUCCAGUUCUCCCCACUUGUGGAGGCCCGGGCCAUGGCGGCCGUCCUUCUCAGGAAACAAUUGACUCGAGAUGAUUCGUAUUUGUGGCCUCGGUUGUCGGCGUCCACUCAGGCUUCGCUGAAGUCCAUCUUCCUCGCCUGUGUCCAGCGGGAGAAAGCCAAGACUAUAAUCAGGAAACUAUGCGACACCGUUUCGGAGCUUGCUGCCGGGAUUCUGCCUGACAACGGCUGGCCGGAGCUCGUUCCAUUUAUGUUCCAGUGCGUUUCGUCCGAUUCUCCUGAGCUUCAGGAAUCGGCGUUGUUGGUCUUAUCCCAGUUGUCGCAGUACACAGGGGAGACUCUAGUCCCUCACUUAAUGGAUUUACACACUGUGUUCUUGCGGUGUUUGACUUCGUCGUCGAACUUUGAUGUCAAUAUUGCGGCACUAAAUGCGGUGAUUAACUUUAUCCAGUGCUUGGAGAACUCGAGCGAUCGCGACAGGUUUCAGGAUUUGCUGCCGGCGAUGAUGCACACGUUGAUGGAGGCGUUGAAUCGUGGCCAGGAGACGACGGCUCAGCAAGCCCUUGAAUUGUUGAUCGAAUUGGCGGAGACAGAGCCGAGAUUUUUGAGGAGGCAAUUGGUGUAUGUGGUGGGGUCAAUGUUGCAGAUUGCGGAGUCUGAAGUCCUUCAAGAAGGGACAAGGCAUCUUGCGAUUGAGUUUGUGGUUACGCUUACUGAAGCGAGGGAAAGAGCGCCGGGGAUGAUGAGGAAAUUUCCGCAAUUCAUCAGUCGGUUGUUUGCUAUACUGAUGAAGAUGCUACUGGAUAUUGAGGAUGACCCUGCAUGGCAUAGUGCAGAAAUUGAGAGUGAAGACGCGGGAGAGAGCAGUAAUUAUAGCGUUGGCCAGGAGUGUUUGGAUAGGUUAUCUAUUGCCUUGGGAGGAAAUAUGGUUGUUGCAGUUGCCUCAGAGCAGUUGCCAGCAUAUCUUGCUGCUCCUGAGUGGAAGAAGCACCAUGCUGCCCUAAUAACAUUUGCCCAGAUUGCUGAAGGAUGCUCUAAGGUCAUGCUUAAGAAUUUGGAGCAAGUAGUCAACAUGGUAUUGAGUUCAUUUCAAGAUCCCCAUCCUCGAGUACGAUGGUCUGCUAUUAAUGCAAUUGGGCAGCUGUCUACAGAUUUGGCCCCAGAUUUGCAAGUUCAGUACCAUCAACAUGUACUGCCAGCUUUAGCUGGAGCUAUGGAUGAUUUCCAGAAUCCCCGUGUGCAGGCACAUGCUGCUUCAGCAAUUCUCAAUUUCAGUGAAAACUGCACUCCAGAUAUUUUAACACCUUAUUUGGAUGGAUUAGUGAGCAAACUGCUUGUUCUUUUACAGAAUGGCAAACAAAUGGUGCAAGAAGGGGCUUUGACUGCUUUAGCAUCAGUUGCUGAUUCGUCUCAGGAGCACUUCCAAAAGUAUUAUGAUGCAGUUAUGCCUUACUUGAAAGCUAUAUUGGAGAAUGCAACUGACAAGUCAAGCCGGAUGCUUCGUGCCAAAGCAAUGGAGUGCAUAAGUUUGGUUGGAAUGGCAGUUGGGAAGGAGAAGUUCAGGGAGGAUGCUAAGCAGGUUAUGGAAGUGCUCAUGUCGUUGCAAGGAUCUCAACUGGAGACAGAUGAUCCUACUACAAGUUACAUGCUACAGGCAUGGGCCAGACUCUGCAAAUGUUUGGGGCAGGACUUCCUACCUUACAUGGCUGUUGUUAUGCCUCCAUUGCUUCAAUCUGCGCAGCUCAAACCUGAUGUGAUAAUUACAUCUGCAGAUUCUGAUAAUGAAAUUGAUGAAUCAGAUGAUGAAAGUAUGGAGACCAUAACUUUGGGGGACAAGAGAAUAGGAAUCAAAACUAGUGUCCUUGAGGAGAAAGCUACAGCUUGUAACAUGCUCUGCUGCUAUGCUGAUGAAUUGAAGGAAGGCUUUUAUCCGUGGAUUGAUCAGGUUGCCCCAAUUUUAGUACCACUUUUAAAAUUUUACUUCCAUGAAGAAGUGAGGAAAGCAGCUGUUUCAGCCAUGCCUGAGUUAUUGGUCUCAGCAAAAUUAGCUGUUGAAAAAGGGCUUGCUCAAGGUCGCAAUGAAUCUUAUAUCAAGCAGUUAUCUGACUAUGUAGUUCCAGCUUUGGUGGAAGCCCUACAAAAGGAGCCAGAUAUUGAAAUAUGUACAAGCAUGUUGGAUGCUCUUAAUGAGUGCAUACAGAUCUCUGGUCCUCUCUUGGAUGAAAGCCAGGUUAGGAGCAUUGUGAAUGAGAUAAAACAGGUGAUCACAGCCAGCUCAAGUAGAAAAACCAUGAGAGCAGAAAGGGUCAGAGCUGAAGAUUUUGAUGCUGAGGAGGGGGAAAUAUUAAGAGAGGAAAAUGAGCAAGAGGAAGAAGUUCUUAAUCAUGUAGGUGAAAUAUUGGGAAGUCUGGUAAAAACUUUCAAGGCCUCUUUUUUGCCCUUAUUUGAUGAGUUCUCAUCAUAUCUCACGCCCAUGCUGGGGCAGGAUAAACCAGCUGAAGAGAGAAGGAUAGCAAUUUGCAUCUUUGAUGAUGUUGCAGAGCACUGUCGUGAAGCAGCUCUGAAAUAUUAUGACAAGUAUCUUCCUUUUGUUUUGGAAGCUUGCAAUGAUGAGAAUCCAGAUGUCCGACAGGCUGCUGUCUAUGGACUUGGGGUUUGUGCUGAAUUUGGUGGUUCUGGUUUUAAACCUCUUGUUGGAGAGGCUAUUUCUAGGUUGAAUGUUGUGAUAAUGAGCCCCACUGCAUUGCAGUCUGAAAAUGUAAUGGCAUAUGAUAAUGCUGUUUCUGCUUUGGGAAAAAUAUGUCUGUUCCACCGUAACAGUAUAGACUCUGCUCAGAUUGUUCCUGCAUGGUUAAACUGCCUGCCAAUAAAAGGUGAUUUGGUUGAGGCCAAAAUGGUACAUGACCAGCUAUGUUCAAUGGUUGAAAGGUCAGAUGGGGAACUUUUAGGACCCAACAACCAGUAUCUUCCUAAAAUUCUUAUGGUAUUUGCAGAGAUUCUUUGUGCCGGGAAGGAUCUUGCAACGGAGCAAACAGCAAGCCGGAUGAUUAAUCUUUUGAAGCAACUGCAACAGAUUCUACCACCAUCCACCUUGGCUUCAACCUGGUCAUCCUUGCAGCCUCAGCAGCAGGUUGUCUUGCAGUCCAUCCUGUCAUCAUAGUUCUCCAGAUAACAGUAGAGUAAUGUUCAUCUUGCUGUUUAUAGUGUGUCUGGUUUGAUCGGUUUGUCUUGCCAAUAUUUGUUACCCAUUUUUUUGCCAUAAGAUUCCCCAGCAUAAUUCAUUUUUGGAUGAGUUGCUACAGCAGCAACCUGGUGUUCGGUGUUUGGUUCACUAUGAUUCUUUUGCUGGGAUAGAAUGUGUAUAUUUUGAAGUGUUAUUUGUAGUGUGAUACUGCAAAAGCAUAAGAAAGCAAAGGUCAGUAAGUUUAGGUCGAGGGUUGAUAAUAUGAGAGUGAAGUUGGACUUGGAGGGUUUUGUCGCGGAGGGCAAUUCUUGUUGCAGUUUUGGUGCUGUUAAUUGUUUUUGCUUUUUUAUCGUGACUAUACAAAGGACUUCAUUUAUAAAUGGCGAUCUUUUUGUUUUCUUAUCA